UUGCAUCCAUGCAAACAUUAAACUACAUGGUUAAAGCAUUGGGACACGUUUUUAAAUAUUUAAAUACACAUGAGCUUUUAUCCGCUUCUAGAGUAUGUACCACCUGGAAUAAAAUUGCAAUGAACAAGUCAUUAUGGCAAAAUUGUCGUUUAAAAAAUUCUAUGGUCUAUGACUGGGAAAGGUUUGUAGACUCUAUUAAUCAACAAAGAACUGAUAUGUUAGAUACAAGACAAAUGUUGAUACCUGUAAAAGUUGAUGAAAUAAAAAAAUUUUGGUUGCUUUUUUCCAAAGCAAUGAAAAGAGCACAGAAGUUAAAAUUUAUUGAAUUGUAUAGAUGUCCUACCCAUGUAGUUGAAGAUAUUAUUCACUCAUUACCUCAACUUGAAGUUCUCAAUGCAACUUCAAUAAAAAAUCCAAAUGUAACAAAAGAGGCAAAAAAUCCCCAUGUUUUUAUGGUCCUAAACUUAAAUGAUUUAGGCCAAAUGACAAAGCUCACUGAAUUAAGACUAAAAGGUUUGACUGGAAUUAAAUUAACAUCAUUACCAUCAUUUGAAAAUUUAAUAAAUUUAAAUAAAUUUUCAUUAACCUCUAUAAAUUCAUUUCCAAAAGACAUCUGUCAGAGUUUGGGUACUAUAACUGACAACAUAGAGUUUUUGGAAAUUGGUGAUUGCAAUUUCUUAUCAAAAGAUUUUGCUGUGUCACUAAAAAGAUUUGUCAAUUUGAAAUCGUUAAGAUUGGAAAAUUGUCACGGUAAAUGGGAAAGUUAUGCACAAGACGUUUUUACUGCUAUUAGGGGUCUUGAAAAGCUCACUAUUCUGGAAUUGGUUAACAUAGAAUUCAGUAAUUGUGUUGAAGAUGAAUUGGAAAAAUGUGUUGGUAUUAAAGCUUUACUGAUUAUUCCUGCUUACAUGAGCAAAUCUGCAACUACCAACUGCCACUUGAUUGAUUGCCUCGAGAAACUCUCCAAGACAUUAACACACUUGGUUUGGGGAUUGACUCUUGAAUUACUCCGUGUUACUGACUUAUAUAUAACUCAAUAUCAACAAAUCCAGCAUAGUAUUGGUAAUAAUUUAGAAUUAUCCCAUACCAAAGAAAAGACCAACUACAUACCUAUAUUAAGGACAAGAAAACCCAGACAGCGACCAGAAGAGCCUGCUCCCGAAAAGGACAAGAAUAAAGACAUAUCAGAUGACGUUCAUUUACUUUCAGUUCCUGUUCUAGAGAAAUUGUUAGAUACAAUGAUGCCAGAUGCUAAAACUAGGGUAAUUAAGGUUCCCUUUUCGAGAACAGUUAGAGUUUAUUUGAGUGAACAGUUUAAUUAUCUUUGAAUUAAAUGUUUAGUAUUCAUUUGUUUCUUUACAUUAAAACCCUUUCAUAUUAUAAUUCUAUUUUUGUGAACAUGACAAAUUUUUUAUU